AGAUCAGUUUGUGCAUUUAAACUCAAUGAUCUAGUUAACUCAAUCCAUGGUGAAAUUAUUUAUAAAUAUUGAGAUAUUUUAGUCUUUUUCUCAAACAAAACUAUACAUACCUUGACUCAAAAGUGUCGCAAAUCAGGAUAGCAUCAUAACCCUUGUUUACAGUUUUUAGUAAAAAUAAUUGUGAAUUAUUUUUUACAGUGCCCAUACGUAAACAUCACAUUGCAAGUAUUGUCAUGGCGGUAAGCUUUUGACACAAAAGUGAAGGAAUGAAGGAAUGAAUGAAUGAAUGAGAAUAAGAACAGCCCUACCAUUUGUCUUAUCUAUUUUCUUCCUGUUGUGGUUUUCAGUGGUUGAUGAUUUCCUUUGUCAGAGUGCAUCACACGUAGACCAUCUAGAUGCUUUUAUUGUUUUAGUCACAAAUAGUUUAGCAUAAGACGACAGCAUAACUCACAAUGCCUGGAUUUGGUUACUAUUAUGUUUGGCUCUUUCUGUUUGACAUUUUUACGAGAGAAACCCUUGGUGUCACAGUGCAGACGGGCUUAUACAGUCGAGUUGAGCUGACAGGAGAAAACCUGGAUCAUCAUACUGACCUGAAGUCUGUGGAAUGGACCAACCUAAACAAAUCCUGUCUUUGUCUUCAGUUUGUUAAAGAGACUGGUAACAUAACAAACUACAGUCCUUGCUGUGGAAAAGCUCAUUACUAUUUCAACAAUAACACUCUCAUUUUAGAGAAUGUGACAGCACAGGUUCAAGGAGUCCUUAUGGAAAAUAUAGUUAAUGGAAGUGGAAUUACAAAAACAUUCAACAUUACAUUUACAUUAUAUAUUGCAUAUCCACCAAAUGCAAAAGGAAUUGGGGUCACCUGGACCACCAACACAUCUGUGUCUCUCACAUGUGAAGUGACCGCAAACUUUACACACAUAAUGUGGAAGAGAGAAGAUUCUCCCAUUCUAGAAGACACCAGACACUCAUUGAGCGAAAACAACCAGACUCUAAACAUCAGCAGUAUGACCAGAUCAGAUGAUGGAAAAUACAGUUGUGUGGCGACAAAUGCAUAUGGAAAAUCAGAAACGCACACAAAUGUUAUCUGUGAGAAAUGCUUCAUGCACGGUGAAAACCCAAUUUCAAACUUCGGAGUCGGACUGAUCAGAUCUAAACGUGGAUUCACAUUCAUAGGCCUUUUGGGAUUGUGUAUAUGUUCUGUAUCAUUAACAAAUAGCUUCACUGACUUCUAAAAAUGUUUAAAGCUAUUCUGUGUACUGAAACUUGAUUCUUUGUAAACAAGCGGAAAUGGACAUUUUUUUG